AUGGCUCCUAUUGCCGUCCGAGAUAUUAUAGACGGUGCGGAUGUGAUGGCAUCAGAAUCCAUCACCAUCAAGGAGAAAGUCGUGGGUGUGAAAGGAACCUCUAUACGACAACGUCCAUCGGCACCUUGCCUUGUCACGGACUUCAUUCGGUAUCAAGUCGAAUCCGAGCCCGAGGCCGUUGCCGUCCACUAUGAAGACGAGGAGCCAUACACAUAUUCCCAACUAUGGCAGCUUGUGGAGCAGAUUAGGGCUACAGGCAACUUUGCACCCGGUCAGAUUGUGCCUGUGUGUAUGGAUCUCAGUGUUGAGUUCGUGGCCACCCUCCUGGCCAUCAUGGUGUCAGGCGCUGCAUACCUGGUGCUUGACCCGGAGGGAUCCCCAGAACGCAACCGUGUGAUUGCAGCUGACUGUGGUGCCCGGACCGUUGUGGUCCAUGAGAAACAUCGUCCCCUGUUUGACCAAGCAACCUCAGUGGAGAACCUUCUUUCCAAAACUAGAACUUCCAACGCAUCCAGCCCUCUCGCUACUAACCCAUCAGAUCUGGCAUACUUGAUAUAUACCUCUGGCUCCACUGGAACACCUAAAGGCGUGCUGUUAAGUCAUCGCGCCGCAUCCCACGGGAUUGAUCAAUUUGAGCUCAACGGCCGCAGGCGGUGGUUGCUCUUUUACAAUCCCGUGUUUUCAGCUGCCCAGAGAACCAUUCUUGCAACGCUGGCUAAGGGUGCUUGCCUCUGCCUGGCUCGUCGUGACCGCCUGGCUACUGCAUUACCGGAAGUUCUGUCGAACCUUCAGGUGGAUGCACUCGGGAUCACCCCCUCUGCACUGGCAUUGUUGUCUACCGAGGAGGUUUCCAACUCUCUCCAGCAGGUGACCACUGUAGGUGAGCCCCUGUCGCAGAAUCUGGUUGAUCUGUGGGCGGACCGGGUUCACCUCCGCGUCUCUUAUGGUCUCAGCGAAUGCGCCCAAUUAAACUUCUCCCGACAAUUGAAGAGGGGCGACAACCCUCGAAAUCCUGGUCGACCAGCCGACACCACAUCAGCAGUGAUCUUGGAGCCUGGCACAGGGAGAGAACUGCCUGCGGGGGAACCAGGUGAGCUGUGUCUUUCUGGUCCACAGGUUGCCAAUGGCUACUAUCAACGCAUCAAAGAGACAAACGCCGCGUUCGUCAAGAAUCUCCUCGGACGGGAUAUCCUGUUUCGCACCGGGGACCAGGCUGUACGUCUUCCAGAUGGCAGCUUUGAGAUUCUUGGCCGGAUUGACCAUCAGAUCAAAAUUCACGGCCAGCGCGUCGAGCCGCAAGAGGUAGCACAAAAUCUGGCAACGGUAGCUGGUGUUGCUGCGCUUGCCUGCGUCGGAUCCUAUAUUAACGAGAAGUCAUCACUCGUUGCUGCAGUCAUUCCAGCGCCUGAAUCUGAUUGGGAAAGUCUGGUGCAAAGUCUCCGUGGUCACGCCCAGCGAUCAUUCCCCCCCUACAUGGUUCCCAGCUACUGGCUUCAAUGUGACGAAUUUCCCGUGAAUCGAAAUGGAAAGGUCGACUUCAAAGCCAUUCGGAAUUUGGCCGAGUCGACUGAUGUCAGCGACCUAUUGGGCCGCUGUCGUAGCGUUGAUGGGGAAGCGCACGUCUUUAGUGAGGUCGCCUUGGAGAUUGUGGAAGUAUGGGCCGACGUUCUCCAUCUCAGCCCAUCAUUCAUCCUUCCCACUGACUCUUUCGUUUCGUUGGGCGGCACGUCUAUCGAUGCAAUCAAGGCGAAUCGCGAGCUGCGAGGACAGGGAAUUCACAUCGAGCUGGCCGACAUGCUUCAGUCGCAGACGGUGGAAGAAGUGGCCGAUGCCUCUCGCAUAGGUUCUAAGGACGCGGGUCAGCCGAGUCCAUUGGCACCAUUUUCUCUCCUGUCGGACGAGAGCCUGAAAACGGACUUGCUGGCAGAUCGCGGCGUGGCCGAUGCGUUUCCAACUACUGCCCUGCAGGAGGGAAUUCUCGCCAGCACAAUACAGGGUAACCCGGACUAUCUCUACCAGAGAGUCUUUGACGUCCGGCACCUGGAUCUUGUACGACUCAAGCUUGCGUUCCAGGUCAUUUUCUGGAGGAGCGAAAACCUGCAAUCUUCGUUUGUUUCGGCAACCCAAGGGUUUGUACAGGUUACCCGCAACAACUUCGACCUGCCAUGGACCGAAUUAUCGAUCUCUCUAGACAAGUACUUGGAAGCCGAUAAAAGGGCUGGUGUUACUCUGGGCCAGCCAUUCAUGCGGGUGGCGGUGAUCGACAAAUCGAUUCUGGUUGUAUCCGUCCAUCAUGCACUUUUCGAUUUUUGGUCCCACGGUUUUAUGUUUGAUGACGUCGCACGUGUGUACUCUGGCAAGCGUUCCGUCCAUCGUGCACACUGGAAAUCAUUUGUUGGACUCGUACAUAACCAAGACCGGGGGAAAUCAGAGCAAUUCUGGAGACAGCAUCUGGCUGAGGUCAGUCCAACGAUUCUAAACCAUUCUCCCGAACUCGAUUCAUUUACAGUCGUUCGUUCCUUGCCCUUGGACCUGAAGUCGGUCGCAGCAGCACUCCAAGUCCCAUCAAGUGCUAUUUUCUAUGGCGCUUGGGCAUUGGUUCUCUCACUGCACACGGCGUCAAAGUCAGUUGUCAUGGCCACAGCGAUUUCCGGCCGAGAGCUACCUCUCCCAGGAAUUGAGGCCAUUGAUGGGCCAACCCUAGCAAUGGUGCCCCAAGCAGUGCUAGUUAACCCUGAUCAAUCCUUAUUGGAUCUGGUCCGCUCAGUAAACGUCAAUCUGUGGAGCAUCAUCAAACACUCCCAAUAUGGCAUGCGAGGAGCGUUCACCGCAGCCGGCCAUCAACCCUCCACGUUCUUAGAUACCAUGGUGAACAUUCUUGUUCGGGAAGAAGGGAAGAAUGAGCUCACCGGAGAGGUGUUCCAGAUAUUUGGACCUCGGUCGGCCUGGAGGACGGAAUACACAACACUGAACAUUGGAGAAGGGGACGAAGGCUUCGAGCUUAGCCUCACUUCUCCCAUGGAACCGCGCCGGUUGGAAUUCAUCCUGAAUCAAUUCUGUCACGCUGUUGAAACCAUUGUUCAUGAUCCUCGACUCAGUGUUCGCUCACUAAACCUGAUCGACAGCACAGAACUGGAUUUUCUGCUACAAUGGAAUGAUAACCAGCCCGAUGAGGCGACCCUGCAUGGGCAGUUCGAAGCGAUUGCGCACCAGUAUCCAUCACGAACUGCGAUCAACUUCCAGAACAAACAGUUCCUGAGCUAUGCAGAACUGAAUAAAAGGGCUGACCGGAUGGCCAAUUUCCUCUCUGAGCGUGGUGUCACACCCGGAGACAUUGUUCCUCUCCUCCUCGAAAAGUCCCCAAUCAUGAUUAUCACCAUUCUGGCCCUCUUCAAAAUUGGCGCUGCCUAUGUGCCGUUGAGUCCCGAGAAUCCUCUCGACAGAAAUGGUUUCAUUGCCCGUGAUGUCGGCGCUAAGGUCAUUUUGACCGAGAGCGAGCACGCCUCCUACUUUGCCGGCGAGGAUAUCCCCAGUGUUUUGGUCGACCAAGCCCGACUCUGUGCAUACUCGACAGAUAAGCAGCUAGUGAAUGUAUCUCCUGAUAACCUCGCCUAUAUCCUGUACACCUCAGGGAGUACCGGCCAGCCUAAGGGAGUGACAAUCAGCCAUGGGGCAUGUGCUGCUGCUAUGCGAUCCAUCAUUGAGUUUGAGGGCAAGCAAGGCAAGCCAUUCAGGGCUUUGCAAUUCUCCAACUAUGUAUUUGAUGUGUCUCUGUACGACUUUUUCGUCACUCUACACAGCGGUGGAACCCUUUGCAUAGCGCCAUCAGAGCAGCUUCUCGGUGACCUUGCGGGUGCAAUCAAUGAUAUGGGCGUUAACCAUGUCUUCUUGACCCCCACAGUGGCCCGGCUACUGAGCCCCGAGGACGUUCCCGGGUUGGAAUCCAUGACAGUUGGUGGCGAACAAUUGACGCGAGACGUGGUGACUACCUGGGCGUCGAGGCUAACUCUGCGCAACGGCUACGGGCCAACAGAAGCUUCAGUUCUCGUGACAAUGAAGGAGGUGGAUACCCAAACAACCGGUGGCAACAUUGGGAAACCUCUCGCGUCCGUGGGUGCAGUCAUCCUAGAAGCUGACGGAGUUCGGCCGGUUCCCUAUGGUGCAGUGGGAGAGCUGUGCUUCUGGGGUCCUCAGCUAUCACAAGGCUACUUUAAGAAGCCCGAAUUAACGGCUGGGGCCUUCAUUGAUAGCGAUAUCGGUGGUGGCCGCCGGUUGUAUCGCAGUGGUGAUCUGGCUCGAUACCUUCCCGGAGGGGAUAUCGAAUGCCUGGGUCGCAAAGACGACCAGGUGAAGGUUAACGGCCAUCGGAUCGAGCUGGGAGAGAUUGAACAAGCAUUCCUGCGAACAGGGGACGUCACAGACUGCAUUCUCACCGUAUGGAAGCACAACACCACGGCACACCUGGUCGCAUCUGUGGUCUUUGAGCCAAUCGACGAGGACCUCCGUGUUCUCCCCCUGGACCGAUUUGCGGAUGAUGCACAAAGGCUCAAGUCCAACCUCAGCGGACUUGCUCAUUACAUGGUCCCCAAGUUCAUUCUACCCCUGCCGUUCUUGCCCAGAUUGCCAUCUGGAAAGGCCGAUCGGAAGCAGCUCAAAGCACGGGUGCAGUCGAUGAGCCAGGCGGAGCUUUCGCAGUUCUCCUUUGACAAAGUUGGGUUGUCAGAGUCAGAAGAAAUUAUUCCACUAGUUUCUGAGACACAAAGAUCCCUCCAACAAGGUUGGAUCGAGGUGCUUCAGCUACCCGAUGAUCAGUUUGGACUAGAAGCCAACUUCCUCAGCCUGGGUGGUGAUUCAAUAUCUGCGAUUAACCUGGUCAGCUGGCUGCGACGGAGACAUCUGAAUGCCACCGUGCGAGAUGUGCUCCGAUACCCCUUGCUUGGGUCGAUGGCGGAGCAGCUUCAGCAAGAAUCGGAAGAUGAGAAGGCGUCGCAGGCCGUCGUUUUCUCUCCAUCGACAGAGUUGAUCAGUACCAUCACCUCACACGGCCUUCAGCAGGAGCAGUACGAGUAUAUCUACCCAUGCCCCCCCGGACAGGCCGAGUUCCUUACUCAGGGAGCCCGACCAGAGACAUUCUGGCGCUUGAUGGCCGUUCGAGCCCUCGGGAAGAACACCGAGCAAGUGACUCAGUGGGUUGACCUAGUCAAGCAGCUGACCCAGACGAAUGAAAUCCUGCGAACCACGUUCACCAGAUUCCAGGAAACCUGGUACGGAGUUGUACUUCGCGAUUCUACGCCCACUGUGGAAUUCUUCGAUGUUGCCAAUGCGGAUGAACGCAAGGAAAUUAUUGAUGCUGCCUGGGAGGACAAAUUCGGAUUUGGCAAGCCAUUCAUUCGCUAUGCCAUCCUUCGCCAUGGCGACGGGACCCACGAGGUGGUUACCAAGCUAGAUCACGGUCUAUAUGACGGCACGUUACUGCGAGUCUUUGACGCUCACUUCCAGGCAUACCAGCGACAGGAAGCACUGCAGCCGUUCACGUCGUUCAAGGAAUUCGCCUUCCAUAUCUGGCAGAUCAACCAGAAGCGCCCGACCUUGGACUUUUGGACGCAACCAGACAAGAGACCCAUCCAUUUCUCGUAUCCGAGCAACAAUGUCCAGAUUCAGUCACGCAUCGAUGCGUCAGUGGUGCACAUGAUAAAUCUGGACUUUGACAGCUUCAGCCGAAGCCGGGGUGUCACAGUCUCAAUCAUGUUCCAGGCCAUCUUCCAGCUCUGGCUGGCCUUCCGCAGCAAGCAGCAGGACGUGUCCUUCGACUACCUCUACACCGGACGCAACGUGGAUCUGCCCGAUCCCAACGGCAUCAAUGGAACGUGCGCAAACUUCCUGCCCAUGCGGUCGCGGGUCGAUGCGCAGGACUCCGUACAGGACUUCCUUCUGCGCACCCAAGAUGAGUUCUGGCAAUACACGGAGAACAACACGGUGGGCGUGGAGGAUAUCUGUCGAGCCUGUGGUAUCAGCCGGGAGGAGUCUGCCAACCGCGCUCUCUUUCUCUUCCAGCCCUUCGAGCCCGCCGGUGCCCCAGAGCAGUACCAACGCUGGGUGAUUAUGGCCAAGUCCGCGGUGACCAUGCCUCAACCCUAUGCUGUGGUGUUCGAGGUGAUCAAAACUGCCGAUCCUAACGCGUACAAGUUGAAGUUCGCGUACGACCAGUCGGUGUGGACGAGUGAGGAAGUAAAGGAGGAGGCUCGGGUUGUUGAGCGCAUGCUUUCGACGGUGGUGGAGAAGUCGGAUGCGCGCAUCGAUGACAUUCUCCGUCUGUAA